AUGAAUCACUCUUCGAAAAGUCGUUCACGAUCUCCAAUAGACCAACCUUGGUAUCUAGCUACUACUUCAUCCUCCGACUCCUCUCCGCACCCGCGUUCUACUGUAGUGGAAGGUGAACUUGCACUCUCCACCGUUCGAACACGAUCCGGCCGGCGAAGGCACCAAGAGCUGCUCGAAGACACUACAUCUAGGACCACUCGUGCAAGGAGUCGCCUACGCCGCAGUCCUCGCUCUCUUGCACCGGUUACGGCUUCACAUACCAUGGAUAGGGGUGUAGCUGGUGGUUCUUCUGCUUUGUCUUUCAAUACCGAAGGGUCGGAUAAUUUUGGCAAUGCAGGACCCAAAAACAAGUUGUUGAGGGAUAGGGUGUUCAAUGGCGCUGACACUGCUAUUAUACUUACUACAGAUUCCAAUGCAGACGAUGACUGUGCCAUUUGUAGGGAUCGAAAAGUCAACCAGUCCUACCUCCUGCCUUGCAUGCACACUUACUGUUAUCAAUGCAUCCUCCAGUGGGUGCGAAUAAAUCCCACCUGCCCUCUGUGCAAGGCUCUCGUGCAGAAAAUUAUCCACUCCAUCAAUUCCGACAAUAACUUCAAGGAAUACGAUAUCCGUUCUUCGCCCAGAAAUGUCAUCAACCUCAUGACCCCGAUAGUCAACUUCCUCAAUACCAAUCUCCACCGAUCUUCACUUGCUGUUUCAAAUGCUUCAGACACGAUUUUCCACUCGGAGCCCCGCUCGACACUUCUUAUGACCCUUGUCGUGCGUGCUCUCCGCACCACGACGAUAAAUCCGAACUUACUGAGACGCCUAGUCUACGUCAACAAGUUCUAUACCUACCCCACUCCCCUACCCGCCCACUCCAGCUCUGUGGAGACUCUUUCAUGCCUCUCCCGCUGCACUAGUCGCUCAUUUCUGGCGGAAAACGAGGCUCUACAGACGCGUCUUAUUGACUUCACCCAGAGAGAACUGUUCUACCUCGCACCCUGGGUAGACUACAUGAAUUCAAGUCGCGGGGCUGUGGCACUUCAACCGCUGGGCGCGGGCAACUCUAACCCUUCGGAGGCACUAGGUCGAUUGUCGAUGGCCAUAGUGCGUCGCAUUGCAUCCCACCUUGUGCCACUAACCCGAGUGGACGAUUUCGCCGAUGCCAUCAGAGGUAUGGACGACCGAGAUCAGGGUGGUGACGGACUCCUCGAAUCCGUCUCCAUCAGCUCCUUAAAACACUUCAGUUGGGAGCUUCUCCAAUUCGCUAGGUUCUCUGGCACCCUGCAGGAGUAUUACUCCCAGUCCUGCCUCUACGCGAAUCACUUCACUGGAGGACAUAUGCGUCUAGAGCACAGUCCACAAAUACACACUGCUGUUUACACAACUCCAAGAAUCAAUGGUGUGGCUGCUGGCGGUUUUGCGAAUUCCCUCGAAGGAGUAUCGAAGGAAACAGCGCAAUGGUUAUUCCGCCAUCUCUUUAACGCGCCGCGAUCGCCCUUUAUGUCAUUUACCUUGCAUCCAGACGAAAAUAUCAUUCGGGUGGCCUGCCAGGCCCUUCAAUCCUCAGCUUCUUAUAACCCCAGUAGGCUUAUCAAUUCGAACGACUCCGUCUACCAUCUCCGACGUCAUGGCAUACGCGGCCUCCUAUCGCGUAUGGCCGAGCAGACCUGGUCUGACGAAGUGGCACAGAUGGGACUUUGCGAGCUAAUCGAUCAGGCACGCAUCGGGUCCGCCAUGGAGAGGCUCACACAUCAGGGGCGACACCUAGUUUUGCGUCGUAUGGCCAAUCUCAUUGGCUUCUUCUCGCAACCAACUUACGCUGUCCGUCCAAACACUCCCCUUCCAUCGGUGGAGCCCAUAGGUCAUGGUGAACCUUCUCAGGCUCCUUUACGACUUUUCAGACCUCACGCGACGUCUCUUCGGGAGCCAAACUCUGUAACGAUCGCGCUGGGAGAGGGUAACUCCGAGACGGAGGGAGGUGAUGAUGAAGCAAUUAUUGUUUCUGAUAGUGAGGAGUCAUCGACACAACACUCCCAAAGUGGUCGUUCUUCCAUUCCUCGAUGCUGUGUAGAGCACAGAAAACACUGUUGCUGUUGUUACCGGCGCAGAUCGACGGAGCAUAUGACGCCUACUGAAUUUGCACAUAUGUUCAAGGCAUUUAUAGAGUUCUACGAGGAGCGGCGCAGCAGGCGGAGGCUCCGUCCACAGAUGCUGAAUAGACCCUCCUCACCGAUUGUAAUCUCAGAUGAUGAUGAGGAGGAGGAUGAAGCAGAACCCCAACCAGGACCAUCCAGGCCUCUGCAGAAAGAGUCGCCGCAGCAGACACCGCCACGGCAACCCAUAAAAGUGGCGGAGGAGAACUCUGUAGGAGCCCUAGACGAGCUCCCUUCUGUUAUUAUUCGUCCGACCACAGCUAACGAAUUCUACUCGCUGCUGCACCAGGCAUUGGACUGCGAUAAGCAAGAGGUUCCAAACGCCUCAGUGCCCAAGGCAUCAUCCUCACAACCCGUAGUCAAACAAGAGGAAGAGCCCAAACGACCCCCCAGACCUCUCUCGGCCCCACUAGUUAUUGAGUCAAAUCCCAAAAAAUAG